GGCGGUCAACGGAACCGACCCGGAAAUAAUCGUACCUUCAGGUGAGACGGGCUGUCUUGACGAUGAGAGUUCACCUGAGUGCAGGAUGAAAGAGUGGUGGAUCCAGGUUGCACUUCUUGCUGCACCGCUCAUUGCUGUCUACCUUCAUCUUCCUCCCCCAAGUCUUUCACCAUCCCUCUAUUCAUGGAGAAUGGCUGGAGCCUUCUUUACCUUCAAAGACCACCGCAUAUUUUACAGAGAUUCCGUGGGUGCUGUCGGCAGUUCCGACAUAGUGAUCCUUUUGCAUGGUUUCCCAACAUCGAGCUAUGACUGGCACAAGAUCUGGGAAGGCUUGAUGCUGAGGUUUAAUCGAGUUAUCGCACUAGAUUUUCUUGGUUUUGGAUUCAGCGAUAAACCUAGGCUGCACAGAUACUCCAUCUUUGAGCAGGCAGAUAUUGUCCAGCAGCUAAUGAUGGAACUGGGCCUUGCUCAGCAGAAGAUCAACAUCCUGGCCCAUGAUUAUGGAGACACUGUUGCACUGGAGCUGCUAUACAGGUCUGAACACAGUAAACCUGGACAUCUGAUGAUUAAGAGCCUGUGUUUGUCAAAUGGAGGAAUUUUUCCAGAGACAAACCACCCAAGAUUUAUACAGAAGCUGCUCAAAGACAGUGGGUACUUUUCACCAAUCUUUACCAGACUUAUGAACUACUACUUCUUUUCAAAAGGAAUCAGCGCAGUAUUUGGACCCCACACGCAACCCACGAAUGCAGAGUACUGGGACAUGUGGACCAUGGUCCGUGUCAAUGAUGGCAACCUGGUAAUGGACAGUGUUUUGCAAUUUAUUAAUCAAAGAUGGAAGUACAGAGAUCGAUGGGUAAAAAUCCUGACUUCGACUUCUGUUCCAUUGCAUUUAAUCUAUGGACCACUGGAUUGUGUGAAUCCUCAUCCUGAGUUUCUGGAUCUUUAUCAGAAGUUGGUACCGAAGUCAACAGUGUCAGUUCUCGAUGACCAUAUCAAUCAUUACCCUCAACUUGAGGACCCUUUGGGUUUUGAACAAGCCUACAUUAACUUCAUCAACUCCUUCUGAACUGACAGUUACAGCACUGGAUCUUGACCGUUCUGGACUAGUAAAUGUUCAUCAGCUGCUUCUGCAUUAUGAGAAUUCUGGUAACAAACUACAUUUAGUACAGACCAAAUGAAAAAAAAGUUACAUGCUAGAAACUUUGAAAAUGCACAGCAGAUGAAUCAGCACCUGAAAGAGAUAGAUAGAUCAAUGCUUUGGGUGGCACUUACAUCAAGAGAUCACCACACCCAAGAUAUUAAACCUUUCGGAUGCUGAACAACCAGCUGUGCCUUUGUUAUUUUCUGCUUUGAUGUUUCGUCUUUGUUGUAUGUGUGUAGAUGUUUCACUCCCUUAAUGUGUGAUAAUUCAAUGUGGAAAUUACUGCAUGUAACGCCUAUCAGUUGUGCACAUUCAUCCAAUUAUAAUUUAUAAGUAGCUUCUAAUACAUAUAAUUCAUGGUGAAAGUCUUGGAAGUGUUCCAUUUCCCAGUUCUGACAAGUGUUGGACUCAUACAUUUUUGCUAGUUGAUUCUUUGGGUCAGACACAUAUACCCUCACCCAUUCAGAGACACAGUUAUUUUUAAUUACCUGCUCUUGGCAAUCUAUUUCUUCAGCAUUCUACGAUAAAACAUAAGGGGUGACCUAGCAGCAGUCUUGAAAAUUAUGAAGGGACUAGAUAUGACAGACAUAGGGAAAAUGUUUCCAUUUGUGGUGGUGGGGGGGGAGAGGUGAGGUGGAGGAGGAGAGUCCAAAACUAUAAGAUAGUCACUAAUAAAUUCAAUGGGGAAUUCAGAGAAACUUCCUUUACUAGAAAUAGAAGGAUGUGUUGAUAGGGUUAGAUGAAGCAGGGUGGGAAGUUGGUCACUUGGGACAUAAACACUGGCACAGACCAAUUGGGCAGAAUGGCAUGUUAUUUAUUGUUCCUUGUGCAAAACUGUUCAAUGAUACCAAUGUUCAGCAUGAUUAAGCAAGAUUAACCUACAUCUGCAUGCUUGGCAAGUUUUAUGAAAUAGUGCUUUGUGGAAAAAGAAUGCAAGAAUUUGGGUGUAAAGAUCAGCACAGCCAUUCAUUUCACAUGCUCUCAUUGUGUAAAGUUCUGUAUCAGAGGAACUAAUUUGUGUAAUUUUCCCUCAAGUUUCACUUACUUUCCAUCAGUUACAGUUUGUUCUUUUAGUUCACGCUUGCUCAAUUUGACAAAGAAGUUGGUGAUCUACUGAGCCUUGUAUUCUACAUGGAGCUAAAAGGUUUAAGUUAUGACAUUGUAUAGACUUGGCUUGCAUUCCUUUUGAAUAGAAGAUUAAAGGGUGAUCUAACUGAGUUGUAUCCAUUUCCUCUGGUGGGACAAUUCAGAACACAGGGAUAUAAUCUUCAAAUUACAGAUAGACUAUUUGGGGGUGAUAUCAGGAAACACUUCUUCACACAGUAGUAGACAUCUGUUCAGACUAGGGUGUCACUUGAAAAUUUUAAAGCUGCGAUUGACUGAUUUUUGUUAGGCAAGAGUUAUGGAACCAAGAUAGGUAAAUGGAGGGUAAGAUACAGAUCAUGCUCUAAUUGAAUGGUGGAAUAGGCUCGAGUGGCUAAAUGGUCAAUUCUUGUUUCUACAUAUAAUUCAACAAAACUCAGACUCCUGCUUGUUCAGUAGUAAAAUCUCUGAUUUGAAUUAUCAUUUAGUUGAGUAGUGGAAAGUUGAUUUGUUAGUUAUAAAUGUUUCCACAACUCUGCUGGGGCCCAAAACAAUCCAAUUUUUCAUGCACAAAAAAGCCUUUCCUUAUUGACUAAUUGUAACCCAGGUCCAAGUCUUUGUUGUGCAUAGGUUGGUACACACUGGCUUAUAAUCAUUACUUUUCGUAUUUGAUUUCUUCAUAAUUGCAUAUCAAAUAACUAAUUGAGAUUAAAGAGAUUGUGAAUUCUCAAAAUGCAGCGCUGAAUAGUCAGCCUCUGAACUGGAAAUAUAGGUAAUGCUUAUGAUGAAAAGAUCCCACCUAAAAUAUUAAACUGCCUUUCAGAUGUCAAGUUUUUACAUUUUGAAAACCUGUUGCAGGGUGCACCAGCUCUUAUUUGAUAAGUCCCUGACAUGAUUGCUAUGGAAGUAUUUUGAGUGACAGUGCCAUUUCAAUAAGACCCACUGCAUAUGAUCAGUUAAUUCCAUAGAAACUCUAUAAAGUCCAAAACUUGCACACUGCUCCUAUAUCUGGGGCACACUUAGUACUUGGCACAUUCUUCAAAAAAUAUCAUCUAAUGCAUGCUACUUCCUCUUUAACCUCCCAAGGUCUUAUCAAAAAUCACUUUGAUAGUUGCAUCUCUGAACUCUCCUCGUUUUGUUUCUUCCAAACUCUAAAUAUACCAUCUACCCCUAAUCAAACUCUUUCAAGAACUGAAAACCAACUCCUUACAUCCCACAAUCUACCCCCCCCCCUUUUUUCUGAGUCUUUUAAAAACUGAGUAAUAUGUCACCUAAACUAAAUUACUUUGUCCUCCUCUGUCAUUUUCACCCUGGGAUAGUGUUCUGCACUAUGGAUCUUGGCCCUUAACUGAGGUUAAAGGAGGGGAAAUAAAGCAUUCAUUUGAUUUUAAAGUCUAACUGCUAACUUAUAUAAGAAUUUGGACAAUUCAGUUCCCAUGCUGCAGUGAUUGAAGAUUUUGCACUGCUGCUCAAUGCUCGUUAAUUUUCCCAGUCAACAGGGUUGCUGUACUGUAAUUGCACUUCACUUCUGCUAAAAGUUAUGUGGUGUAGGUGGUUUCUGAACAUUGGUGCUUUUGCAAUGUGCUUUGUUGUGCUGCCUGGAUGGAGCUCCUACUGUGCACAGCUGCAUCGCAAGAAUAUUCAAGUUGAACAAAAAAUGUUUCCAAUGAGUAUUUUAUCCAAACCAUAAUGAAACUGGUUUUGCAGAAAUUUUGUAAAUUUCACACAAAUAUGCAAAUACAAAGAUCACAGUUUAUCUUUAUUUUAGUAAAUAAAGGUAGUUUCACAAAAAA